CGAAGAAUAAAAUCCGCACAUCGACUAAUUUUAUUUUGUUCCUAGAAUUGUCUUUAUUUAAAAAAUGGAAAAUGAUAAAGAUAAGGACAAAAAGAAAAGAAAUAGGGACGUUAAAAGUAGGGGCUACUAUUCGGAAUUAGCGACAAAUUUGAGGUACAAACAAGAAGUCGAAGAGGACUUGCCUCCAGGAGCCCCUAAAAGGACCAAAUUCAUAUGGCAAGUGAAAACGGAGAAAGACGCACCCAUCCUGCCGAAGCUAGUGAAGCCGAUCAAACCUUUAUUCUUGGCUCCGGCAGAAAGAUGGAUCACUUUUAUUGAAGAUAAACAGAUCAGCUUUCCCGUAGACACCUUUAAGCCAAAAGUACAACUACAACAUGAAGUAUUAAUAGGAGACUUGCCUAGGAAUGUGGCCAUUGAAAGGAAACGACGACAAUAUGCUGCCCAAAAUAUUGCCGACAUCUUGGCAGAUCUGGAAGUAUCACCAAAGAGUUUGAUACCGGUUGACUCCUCUGUACCCUACACAGCAAACACGAUGCAGGCAAUGAACUUUUUACCUCUUGAACUAUUCGACAAUGAGAAAUAUGAAUCGAGAACUCCAGAAUCUUGGCUGGACCACGGGGUAGUUGAAGGCGUCCGCCAUCCCAUACCGGGUAAGGCAUUCCUGAAGAUCUUCGACCCCUUGGACCUAUCCAAGGAACCAGUCUAUGGCUGGAUAAACGUAGCAGUCACCGACUAUCUACCAGACCAACAGUUGUGGUCCAUUCUUACCUUAGACGGCUCUCAGAGAACCUUCGAUUUGCCAAGACUCUACAUCAUGUUCAGCGCGGAGAAUCCGAUGAUUUUCGGGGAGAGGAUCAAGGCGGCUGUGGACCUGAGAAAUCAGGUUGAGGACACGAUAAGAUAUGAGUUCUAUUUGGACUGUAUGCUUCUGACUGGCACAUUGGAAUUGGAUGAGAAAAAUGUUCUCAAAAUGAGAACAUUAGCAACAAGGAACCAAACGAAGAAUAUAGAUCAGGAGCUCCUCCAAAAACUGGAAAAUGAGGUGAAUUUAGGCUACAAGAGAACACAUGGAGAAAUGCAGUUCUUGCAGAGUAUCAAAAACACCCAAGCCGAUACCAUAUCGAUGGUUCCUCAAAAGAUGGUUGAAUCGGCACCGGUUAAAAGAGAAAAGGUGAUUACCGGCGUCCUCGACUUCCAAAAGAAACGGGAAUACUUCAAAUGGAUGAACAUUUUCGUCAUCCCAGAAACAUACAUUGCAAUGGAAUACGUGGUGAAAGAGUGCAUGAAGGUGACGACAAUGUCUCUUUUCACGGCCAGUUUUGGAGCGAAAUACGUAUCAUUGGAAGAAUUUGACUCUAUACAGGCCCUCAUAACAAGCAACCUCAUCAAACACUUGAGAGGACCCUGGUUGGACGCCAUAGUAUUCAAUAUUCGUGCUUGUCUCAGAGAUGUUGGCAAGGGCUGGUUUGAUAUGCAAGAGAAGAAGUUUGAAAUAUAUGAAAUAGCGAAAAUGACAAGAUUCAUGGAGCUGGUGAAACAUCGAAUGCAAUAUACACUGAGACUUCUCGUUUUGAAUUCCAUCAAUAUUUGGAUAAACAUGUUGGAGUCACCUUGUCAGCCUUGUAUGGAUAUAACUGAAGAUUACGAAUGGGGAGACGAUCUUAUAGCCAGCCGCUUCAAACCACCUGCAGCACCAUUGUUUUUGCUCAUUCUCAGACUGGAAGCCGACGGCCCUCAUUUUUCUACCGAUCCCGAUCAAUUUGAGAAAAUAUUACUGAAGCUCUACGACAACGGUGUCAAGCAAACUCACUUCAUAAAGCAGGUUCACCCAUACCUUCUGCCCAAUUUGAGGUUUCCCGAGGAUCUUUGCUUGUCUUCGGUUGGCCUGUUAUCAGAAGAAGUAUCUUCUAUUCGGGAUCGUUUUGUUUUAGCCUAUAGGAAGGCGUUGAUCCCAUUGAAAGCCUAUGCCAAGAAAUAUUUCGCCUAUCUGGAUCUUUUCAACAGAGAUAUUAAUGCUUACAUUGCGAAUUACAAGGCAGCCAAUCACACGGCUUCCGAAUACAAAGAGGAAAUAUCCCACCAUUUCAGACAGAAGAACAACCUUGAAGCCACUUUACCAGGCACGAUAGCCAUAGGACCGUUCAUGGUUGGAGUGGAAACCUUGAAGAAUUUCCUUCUGAACAAGCGCCAAGAUAUUAUAAACAAACUGUUGGAUACUUUUGCGGUUAGGAUGAAGAAUCUCAUUGAAGAGUCGAUAGACAGCUAUAAAACUAUACAGAUAAAACUGAGUGAAAAGCCGGACUCUAUUGAAGCCAUCUUCGAUAUGAGGGAUUGGAUGGAGACUGUUCCUAUGACUGUUAAAUCUUUGGAGGAAGUCACGAAACGUUAUGUUUUGGAAUAUGAUGUACUGGAAUAUUUCUGGUACGCUCUACCCCAAGAGGAUUUCGAAAAUAAAUGGGAGUCUAUAGGGUGGCCCUACAAGAUCACGAAAAUUCUCGAAGAGACCGAUAACUUCCUGAAAGAAGAGGAGGAGAAAUAUUUAAAGAUUCAAGUUGCGGACGAGUUUGCCUUGCAGGAGAAGAUCGAAGGUCUUACCGUUCAAGUGGUACAGCUGCAGACAUUGAGGGACUUCUCCAGAAUUCACGAAAUAGCAGUCGAUAUGAGAAGAGUUUGGAAAACGAUGAAGGAAGCUCAAGAGACAGGUUUGCUGCUGAAUUCGAGACAGAAGCUCUUCAAUCAACCCAUCGUUCCAUUUGAAGACUUGAACAAACUAGUCAAGGAGUUUGAACCCUACAAGAGCUUAUGGGUCACAGCAUCAGACUGGGGGAGAUCGUUCGAAAUUUGGAUGAGCAACCCUCUGCAGUACAUCGAUGGCGAAUCGAUAGAGAGGACCUGUAACGAAAUGCAAAAAACGAUGAUAAAGUUGACGAGAACUUUCGCCGAUAUUCCCGCCGUGCAGAAAGUUGCACAGAAUGUCAGGGAGGAAAUAGACAAAUUUAAGCCGCAUAUACCUUUGAUAUUGAGUUUGAAAAAUCCGGGUAUGAGAGCUCGACACUUUGAGAAGUUCUCCGAAGCUUCAGCAAUACAAGUGGAUAUCGGCCCUGCCACAACUUACCAAUAUUUUGUCGAUCUGGGUAUCACGGAAUACGCAGAGUUGAUCAGUUCCAUUUCUGAUGAGGCGACCAAAGAAUACUCUGUGGAAACGACUCUUCAAAAGAUGAAGGUCGAAUGGGAGUCGAACGAUUUAGACUUGACCCUAUACAAGAAUACAGGCACCUUCAUAAUGAAAGUUUCCGACGAGCAACAACAGAUGCUCGAUGAUCACAUUGUGCUGACUCAGCAGCUGUCCUUUAGUCCUUUCAAAGGACCGUUCGAGAAACAAAUCGACGAAUGGGAAGAGGCCUUGAGAGUAACGGCAGCCGUGAUUGAAGAAUGGAUGGAAGUUCAGAAGCAAUGGAUGUACCUUGAACCAAUUUUCACUAGUGAAGAUAUAACAAGUCAACUACCUUUGGAGAGUAAGAAGUACAAAUCGAUGGAAAGAACCUGGAGAAGAAUUAUGCGAUCAGCAUAUGACCAUCCAAAUAUUAUAGAGUACUGUGGAGAUAAGAAAUUGUUGGAAAGUUUAAAGGACUGCAAUCACAUACUCGAAGUUGUGCAGAAGGGCCUAACGGACUAUUUGGAAACGAAGAGGAUGAUUUUCCCAAGGUUAUAUUUCCUCAGCGACGACGAGCUUCUGGAAAUAUUGUCCCAAGCCAGAAACCCUUUGGCUGUGCAGCCACAUCUGAGGAAGUGCUUCGAGAAUAUUGCUACUCUGAAAUUCGAAUCGGACUUGAAAAUCACGAGGAUGUAUUCAGCAGAAGGAGAAGGCGUGGAUCUUGAUCCCACUCUGUAUCCUGUUGGAAGUGUGGAAAAUUGGUUGCUUCAAGUUGAAAUCAGCAUGCAAAAUACAGUGAGGACAAUAAUGGGUGCUGCAACCAUUGAAGUGAUGAAGGCUGAAAGAACUGUAUGGGUGAUGCGAUGGCCAGGUCAGGUCGUCAUAGCCGGAAGUCAAGCUUUCUGGACGGCCGGUGUCGAAGAGGGUAUCAGAAGCAACGCACUCGAAAAGUUUCACAAGGAAGUUAUGCUCGCUAAUCUGGACGGUUUGAGAAAUCUUGUGAGGGGUAGCUUGUCGUUUCUGCAAAGAGAAAUACUGUCUGCCCUCAUUGUUAUCGAAGUGCAUUCCAGAGACGUUACUCAGAAUUUGGUGGAUCUGAAGAUAUCGAAUGUUAACGAUUUUGACUGGAUCAGUCAAUUGAGGUACUACUGGGUCGUUGAUCAGAUGAAAGUCAGAGCGGUAAACGCAGAAUUCCCUUAUGGAAACGAAUAUCUCGGAAACAGUGGAAGAUUGGUUAUAACUCCGUUGACCGACAGAUGCUACCUCACGUUGACUGGAGCCCUACAUCUUAAAUUCGGAGGGGCACCAGCGGGACCUGCAGGUACUGGCAAGACGGAAACUACCAAGGAUCUGGCCAAGGCUAUGGCAAGACAGUGUGUUGUGUUCAAUUGUUCAGAUCAGCUUGAUUUUAUGGCUAUGGGCAAGUUUUUCAAAGGAUUGGCCAGUUCUGGAGCUUGGGCAUGUUUUGACGAGUUCAAUAGGAUUGACAUUGAAGUGUUAUCCGUUGUUGCCCAGCAGAUAACCACGAUUCAGAAGGCCCAGCAGGCUCGUAUGGAUAGGUUCUUCUUCGAGGGUUCGGAGAUCGUACUGAAAGAGUCCUGCGCCGUCUUCAUCACAAUGAACCCGGGUUACGCAGGUCGCACUGAGCUGCCCGACAACCUCAAGGCCCUGUUCCGUCCGGUAUCGAUGAUGGUGCCCGACUACAGCCUGAUCGCUGAGAUCUCUCUCUUCUCCUUUGGAUUCGGUAACGCCAAACAGCUGGCGAACAAGAUAACAACGACUUUCAAGCUGAGCUCGGAACAGCUGAGCAGCCAGGACCACUACGAUUUCGGCAUGAGGGCUGUGAAGACGGUGAUCGCGGUGGCUGGCAAUCUGAAACGCGAAAGGCCUCAGAUGGACGAACCGCAGAUGGUGCUGAGGUCUCUGAGGGAUGUGAACGUGCCGAAAUUCUUGAAGGACGAUUUGAAGCUGUUUAAUGGUAUCGUAUCAGAUCUGUUUCCUCGAAUGGUUGAAGAAGCAGUGGAUUAUGGAGCUUUAGAGAAGUCGAUAAGAGCAUCUUGUAAAGAAAUGUUAAUGGAGGAUGUGGACGAUUACGUGAAAAAAGUUAUCCAAUUAUACGAAACAACCAUCGUCCGUCAUGGUCUGAUGCUGGUGGGGCCAACUGGAUCUGGAAAAACAAAAUGCUACCAGAUUUUGAAAAAGGCUAUGACUGCCUUGAAAGGCCAACCCCAACCCAGUGGCUAUCCAUUUGAAGCUGUAAAAACCUAUGUUAUGAAUCCAAAAUCGAUUACCAUGGGACAGCUUUAUGGUGAAUUUGACUUACAGACUCAUGAAUGGACCGAUGGGAUACUUCCUUCUCUGGUCAGGGUUGGAAUUAUAGCCGAAAAUAAGGACAAGAGAUGGUACAUCUUCGAUGGUCCAGUGGACGCGGUGUGGAUCGAGAAUAUGAACACUGUUCUCGACGAUAACAAGAAGCUCUGCCUGAGCAGUGGCGAAAUAAUAAAAUUGAGAGAUACGAUGACUAUGAUGUUCGAAGUAGCGGAUUUGGCUGUUGCUUCACCGGCAACGGUAUCUAGAUGUGGUAUGGUAUAUUUGGAGCCUAGCGUGCUUGGAUUGGAGCCCUUCAUCAAUUGUUGGCUGAAUGUGCUACCACCGUUGGCGAAGCCUUUCUCAGAACGACUCAUGAAUUUGAUAAAGACCUACGUCCUACCAGCAAUCCAAUUGGUUCGACAACAUACAAGAGAAAUUUUGACGUCUGUUGAUUCAGCUCUGUUGAUACACUUCUUGAGGCUCAUGGAUUAUCGUUUCUUACCAAUUAGUGGUAAAGACAACAGACCACCUCCUAGUGAACCCUUUAGAGCACUCUUAGGCAGUUUGAUGGUUCCUUUUAUUAUAAACUCAAUGAUUUGGAGUAUUGGAGCAACUUGCGACAGUAGUGGUAGAAAUAAAGUGGACCAAUUUGUGAGAUCAACGAUGAAAACCAUGGAUCAUAACCCUCAAUUUCCAACUUCUGGUCUUGUGUAUGAUUAUAAAUUGAGAGAUGGAGGAUUUGGAGAACCAUCAGAUUCGGGUGAUCCAGAACAACCUUAUUGGGAACAUUGGAUGGAAAAAGUAGAAGAAUAUAAAAUAAAUGUCGAAAUGAAAUAUUCAGAUAUCGAGGUACCCACCAUAGACAAUGUGAGAAAUUCGUAUAUGAUUGGAGCAAUUCUUCUAAAUGAAAAUAAUGUACUGUGCGUUGGACCGACUGGUACAGGGAAAACUAUGACAGUGAUCGCUAAACUUGCCAAGAAUAUGCACAAGAAAUUCAUUUGUGACUUCAUGAGUUUCUCUGCCAGAACUAGUGCCAACCAGACACAGGAUCUCAUCGAUUCGAAAUUAGACAGAAGAAGAAAAGGAGUAUUCGGUCCUCCAGUUUUGAAAAGACAGAUCUUUUUUAUAGACGAUUUCAAUAUGCCAGCUCUUGAGGUUUAUGGAGCGCAACCUCCAAUAGAACUCAUAAGACAGUGGAUGGAUUUUGGUGGAUGGUACGAUAGAAGGAAUAUAGGCGAAUUCCGAAAAAUAAUUGACGUAAAUUUUGCCACAUCAAUGGGACCCCCUGGAGGGGGUAGAAACCCUGUCACUGCUCGAUUGUUACGUCAUUUUCAUUUCAUUGCCUUUUUGGAGAUGGAGGAUUUCAGUAAGCGCAAUAUAUUCGGCACUAUAUUGAAAUUCUGGCUGGAUCGAACGCCUGAACAGAGCGACUACUUCGAGGCAAUUCUCGUGUCAUCCAUGUAUGUUUAUUCGACAAUAUUGAAGGAACUGCUGCCCACACCAGCCAAGACGCAUUAUACGUUCAACCUGAGAGACCUCAGCAAAGUUUUCCAAGGAUUACUGAUGUUCGAGCCGGAGGUGGUUGAGGAUAUAAGCGAAGUGGUUCGUUUGUGGUAUCACGAAUGUUUGAGGGUCUUCUCAGAUCGCCUUGUUAACGAUGAAGAUCGCACCUGGUUCAACGUUUUAUUGUCGAACACCAUACUGGAGAACUUUAAACUGGACCCUGAAGAAGCUUUAGGAACAAGUACGAUACUCUUCGGAGAUUUCUUAGACCCCCAGGCAGAUGUGAAGCAGUACAAGCAAAUAACUGAUAGAGAGAAAUUAUCAGACGUAUUGGACUAUUACCUCACGGAGUACAAUAAUCAAAGUACAAGACCAAUGAGACUUGUCCUCUUCCUUGAUGCCAUUGCCCAUGUAUGUAGAAUUUCAAGAAUCAUACGUCAGCCCAUGGGGAACGCCCUAUUACUAGGAAUGGGUGGCUCCGGGAGGCAAAGUUUGACGCGUCUAGCUACCUUCAUGGCAGAGUUUUAUCGUUUCCAAAUAGAACUCAGUAAAGUGUAUGGUCCAACCGAAUGGAGAGAUGAUAUUAAACAGUUGAUGCUCAAAGCUGGCUUGCACCGCGUAGAAACAGUAUUCCUAUUCUCCGACACACAGAUAAAAUCGGAAACAUUCUUGGAAGACUUGAACAAUAUACUGAAUUCCGGAGACGUACCAAACAUAUAUCAACCGGACGAGAUGGAUUUGAUUUACCAAAACAUGAAGGGAAUUCUCCAGGAGAUGGGAAUGACAGCGACAAAAUCGAAUUUGUUUUCGGUUUAUCAGAAACAGGUCAGAUCCAAUCUUCACACCGUCAUUACUAUGAGUCCAAUCGGAGAAAUUUUUAGAGCUCGUUUAAGACAAUUUCCAGCCCUUGUCAACAAUUGCACUAUCGAUUGGUUCAGUGCUUGGCCGGAUUCUGCGUUACAAUCUGUAGCUCUUCAAUUUUUGGACGACAUUCCAGAACUUGACUGUUCUGAAGAGGUGCUACAAGGUAUUGUUGUUGUAUGUCAAUUCAUGCAUGCGAGUGUGGUAGACGCAAGCGAGCUUUAUCGACAAGAACUUUCAAGACAUAACUAUGUUACUCCUACUUCUUACCUGGAACUACUCUCAAGUUAUUCCAAUCUCAUAAACGUGAAAAAGAGCUCCCUUCUUGAAGGAACCUCACGUCUCAGAAUAGGUUUGGAGAAAUUACAAAAUACGUCCGAGGAAAUCAAGGUCUUGCAGGAAAAUUUGACAAUAAUGAAACCAGCUCUAGAGGAAGCUGCAAUAGACGCCAAUAUAAUGAUAGAAAAAAUAGCGGAAGAUACGAAAGUAGCUGAAGAAACGAAAGUGCUCGUGGAAAAAGAAGAAUUCGAAGCAACCAAGAAAGCUAUGGCGACUGAAGAAAUAGCAGAAGAUGCCAAACGAGAUCUAGCCGAAGCAAUGCCAGCUUUAGCAGCCGCUGAAGAGAGUUUGAAACAACUAAACAAGAACGAUAUCACUGAAGUGAGAGCCAUGAAGAGACCUCCAGGUGGUGUGGUCUACGUUAUCGAAUCUAUUUGUAUAGUGAAGAACAUUAAACCAAUCAAGGUUGCAGGCUCGAAAAUUGGUGAGAAGGUUUUGGAUUAUUGGGAGCCUGGCAGACAAAUGCUGUCAGAUCCUGGUGCCUUCCUAUCUUCUCUUAUGAAUUUCGAUAAAGAUUCGAUAACAGAGGAGAUGAUAGAGAAACUUACCAGAUAUGUAAACGAUGAAGGUUUUCAACCUGAAAAAAUUGCAAAGAUCUCCAAAGCUUGUACAUCGCUCUGUAUGUGGGUGCACGCAAUGUACAAAUUUUAUUUUGUGAACAAAAGCGUUGCACCCAAAAAGGCAGCUCUCAAACAAGCAGAAGUGGACCUGGCGAAAACAAUGGCAGCUUUAGCGAUAGCUAAGGCGAAAAUGAAGGAAGUCAUGGACGGCUUAGCAGUACUACAGAAGCAACUGGAAGAUAAGAUUGCUUUCAAAGAAGAAAAGGAGCAAAGCAUUGGUCUUUGCGAGGAGAGAAUGAAUCGAGCCGUCAGACUCUUGACUGGCCUAGGAGAUGAGAGAGAACGCUGGAUCGACACCAUCGACAAUAUAGAAAAGAGCAUAGUUAAUGUCACUGGAGAUAUCUUGCUGAGUGCAGGAGCGAUAGCGUAUCUAACACCUUUCACGGAUAAGUAUAGGAGGGGGCUUCUUUCGGAAUGGAUUAAACUCGUUGGAGAAAAAAAGAUACCCGCUUCAGAGAGCUAUGAUACUGUUCUUACCCUGGGAGAACCGGUUCUGAUCAGAUCGUGGCAGUUGAGUGGGCUGCCAAGAGAUUAUUUAUCGACGGAGAAUGCUGUUUUGGUGUCCUGUUCGAAGCGAUGGCCACUUUUCAUCGAUCCACAAGGCCAGGCUAAUAAAUGGGUCAAAAAUAUGGAAAAAAAUAACGGUUUGGCAAUAGCGAAGCUAUCGGAUAAGAAUCUAAUACGAACAUUGGAGUCAGCUGUGAGAUUUGGAAAGCCAGUUCUUAUAGAGAACAUAGGGUUAGAACUGGACCCUGCGCUAGAUCCGGUUCUCUUAAGACAAGUUUUCAAGCAAGGUGGAACGUUGGUCAUGAAAUUAGGAGAAACAAUCGUCCCCUACGACCAAAAUUUUAGACUUUUCAUGACAACCAAACUUCCAAAUCCCCAUUACACACCAGAAAUUGCUGUUAAAAUCCUGCUGGUUAAUUUCACAUUGGUGCCAAGUGGCCUCCAAGAUCAGCUUCUAGCCUUGGUUGUGAUGCAAGAGAGACCAGAUCUUGAAGAACAGCGUCAACAGAUUGUUGUAGGCACAGCUCAGAUGAAGGCUGAGUUGAAGGAAAUUCAAGAUAGAAUUUUGUACAAAUUGAGCAUAUCUGAAGGUUCUCCCUUGGAUGAUUUGGAUUUCAUCAUAACUUUAGAAGCUUCGAAGGUCAAAAGUGAAGAUAUUAAAAACAAAGUGGAGGCAGCUGAAAUCACACAAAUCGAUAUUGACAACACCAGAGCUCUAUAUAUUCCUGUGGCUAACAGAGCACAAAUUCUGUUCUUCUGCUUAGCUGACCUUUCCAAUGUUGAUCCAAUGUACCAAUACUCGUUGGAAUGGUUCAUCUCCAUAUUCAUGAACAGUAUGGCAGUGACUGAAAAAUCGAGUGACAUAUCCCAGAGAGUCUACAUAAUAAACGAACAUUUCACAUUCAGCUUGUUCACGAAUGUUUGCAGAAGUCUUUUCGAAAAGCAUAAGCUCCAUUUCGCAUUUUUGAUGUGCGCCAGAAUUUUGAUGGACACCAACAAAAUUAACGGACAUGAAUGGCAUCAUUUUCUUGCUGGUGGAUCACCUAUAGGGAAUGACAGCAACCCUUGUCCAGAAUGGCUUUCUAGUAAAUCAUGGAAUGAAAUUUUGUCUUUACGAGUACUUCCAACCUUUGAACCAUUCACGAAUUCGUUUGCCGCAAAGAAGGCCCAUUACCAAGUGAUAUUCGAGUCGCAGGAGCCUCAACUAGAAUCGUUACCUGAGCCCUUCGAGUCCCAGUUGAACUUAUUCCAAAGAUUGCUGAUACUGAAAUGCCUACGACCGGAUAAAGUCACUAACGCCAUACAAAUUUUUUUGGCGCAUGAGCUUGGCCAGAGAUUCGUUGAGCCUCAAACAUCUGAUCUAGGGGAAAUGUUCGCCGAAUCGAGUCCCUCUGUUCCCCUAAUUUUCGUGCUGUCUACCGGCACUGACCCAGCAGCUGAUUUGUACAAAUUCGCCGAAAGGAUGAAGAUGGCCAAGCGGAUGUCCUCGAUUUCCUUGGGUCAAGGCCAAGGACCUAGGGCCGAAGCUUUAAUCAAGAGUGGCUCUGAUUCUGGCACGUGGAUUUUUUUUCAGAAUUGUCAUUUGGCCCCAAGUUGGAUGCCACGCCUGGAAUAUCUCAUAGAAAAUAUCGAGCCAGAAAACACCCACAGAGACUUCAGACUCUGGCUGACUUCAACUCCGUCUCCACAUUUCCCAGUAUCUAUAUUGCAGAAUAGCUCAAAAAUGACUAUCGAACCUCCCUCUGGUAUAAAGGCAAACCUGCUCAGAGCCUAUAUCAGUCAAGUGGCAGAGUUAUCUGAUUUUCUUCAGUCGGAACACCCUAAGGCACCGCCUUUCAAAAUGUUACUCUUCGCCCUUUGUCUCUUCCAUGCCGUCUUGCUGGAGAGAAGAAAAUUCGGUCCCCUGGGUUUCAACAUUCCAUACGAAUUCACCACGGGAGACUUGAAGAUUUGCAUAUCCCAAUUGCACAUGUUCCUGCUGGAAUACGAUCAAACGCCUUUUAAAGUGCUGACCUACACAGCUGGUCACAUCAAUUAUGGCGGCAGAGUAACUGACGAUUGGGACCGAAGAUGUCUAAUGAACAUUUUGGGAGACUACUACGAUCCAAAAGUAGUGGCACCUGGUUAUUUCUUUGAUAAUACCAAAGUUUACCGUCAGUUGCUCAACGAUUCCUUGUACGUAGACUACUUGGAUUACAUAAAGUCACUUCCCAUAAAUGACGAUCCAGAAGUUUUUGGCAUGCAUUCCAAUGCGGAUAUUACUUUUGCCCAAGCGCUCACAAACAGCUGUUUGUCCACAUUACUGAUGCUGCAGCCCAAACAAGUUGGCGGUGCAGCAGCAAGUCAAGAAGAAGUAACUGGCAAUGCUGCCAGAGACAUCCUAGGGGAGAUGCCUCCAUUGUUCAAUCUGGAAGAGAUAGCGAAGAGAUACCCUGUGCUUUACGAAGAAUCCCUGAACACAGUGAUAAUGCAAGAAGCUAUACGAUACAAUAAGUUAUUAAAAGUUAUAACUGAUAGUUUGAAGGACUUAUUGAAAGCUUUGAAAGGAUUAGUGGUGAUGUCUGAAGCCCUUGAAAAAAUGUCGAGGAGUUUAUUCAGUAAUCUUGUUCCCGUAAUGUGGGCAUCUAAAGCAUAUCCGUCCUUGAAACCUCUUGCUGCAUGGGUAUCAGACCUUCACGCAAGAAUUGCUUUUUUGAAUAAAUGGAAUAACGAAGGAAUACCUCCAGUAUUUUGGAUUUCCGGCUUUUAUUUUCCUCAAGCUUUUUUGACGGGAACGCUUCAGAAUUUUGCAAGAAAAUACGUAGUUUCGAUCGACACAAUUAAUUUUGCCUUCAAGGUUCUGAGUGAAAAACCACAAAAAAGACCGCCAGAUGGUUGCUGCAUUUGGGGACUUUUUGUUGAAGGCUCUAGAUGGAAUUUUCAAACUGGUCAAUUAGAUGAAUCGAAUCCCAAAGAAUUAUACACAGAAAUGCCUGUUGUCUGGCUGAUACCUGAAGAAAAUCAUAAAAAACCAGAUAACGUCUACAAUUGUCCAGUCUAUAAAACCCUGACAAGGGCUGGAACUCUUUCUACAACAGGCCACUCGACGAAUUAUGUUUUGGCAAUAGAAGUGCCUACCAAUAAACCUGAAAGGCACUGGAUCAAAAGAGGUGUAGCACUCAUAUGUGCUCUAGAUUAUUGAAGUGAUAGACAAUAAAUCCUAAUAUAAGCAUAAUAAUAAACAAUUUAUUCUUAAAAAAA